AAAGGUUUCAAAAAACAAAGAUUUGAGCAGAGAGGAGAUGAAUAUGUUGAAGCUAAUCUGACAGCUGGAAGAGGAAGAUCACUUUGGGAUUAAUUUAGCCUAAAUUGACACAUUACAUAUGCAUAAUUAUGUCUGACAAACAGACCAGCCAAGCUUCCCAAAGGAAGCCGUCCAGUAACAAGAACAUCAAGAAGCUCCGCACUGUUAGCAUGGUGUGCAACCUGACUAGCAGCUGGCAACAGUGGGUGACAGAGAACGAGAUAAAGCAGGCUAGUGAACCCAGUGGCUGGUCUCCGUCUUCGCUUGGAGGACCAACAGAACCCAAAAAGACGUGGGUCUCAAAGAAGCCUGCUCCUGCUCAAACCCAACCAACAGAAGCUUCUCAAACUCAUGUAAUCACUUCUGCAGAGGCUCAGAAGACCUUAACUCCUCACAACGAGACCCUAGAUGCAUCCAAUACUGGGGAGGUUAAGACCUCAGCUGAGCCACUGGUUGCAUCUCGCAUCAAGGUAAAGCAAGUGGUAAAGACGGUGACGAGCGGGGUUCAGGAGAAAAGUGUUGGCAUUGGGCUCCUGACCGAAAAGAUCAAGAAAGAGUCUCUGCCAUCAGCUGAGGAGAUUGACAGGCUUCUGAAGAAGAAAAGCUCACCUACACGUCGCAGAAAAUGCUCCAACAUGGUCUCAUCUCUGACCAAAAGCUGGAAGCAGGUGGAGAAAGAGGUAGAAGGACCGGGAGAGGGACGCACCUUUGGAGGUGGUAAAGACGACAGUGGACACUCUAAGGCAGAGAAGCAGAGACUGGACAUAGAGGAUGCUCAAACCCACAGAACAAGCUCUUUGACAGAAGCAGAGCAAAAAGACUCGGAAGGAGAUUCUGAGUCAGCAAUGAAGAUUAAAAGACCCUCAGUCCCAACGUACAAAAAGGAAGCUGAAGAUGCCAACAAGAUAAACGCCCUCUCCAAGAAAUACAGUGCUGUGGGAAACCUCAAGAGCCGCUGGCAGAACUGGGCCACAGAGCACACUGUGACCCAGAAACUAAACCCCUUCAGUGAAUAUUUUGACUACGAUUACUCCAUGUCGCUCCGCCUCCAAAAGGGCCAAGAGGGUUACGGACGCCCCAAGGAAGGAACCCAAACAGCAGAGAGAGCCAAACGCGCUGAGCAACACAUCCACCGUGAGAUAGACGACAUGUGUUAUGUGAUCAGGACUAUGGCUGAUCCGGACCCAGACGGAAAGACCCGCAUUACGUUUGGGCAGCUGUUUGACAGAUAUGUUCGGAUCUCCGAUAAGGUGGUGGGGAUUCUGAUGAGAGCCAGGAAACAUGGGAAAGUGGCCUUUGAAGGGGAGAUGCUGUGGCAAGGCCAGGAUGAUGGAGUGAUCAUUACUCUACUGGUGUGAUGUUAACACUUGGGUCAAGUUGUAGCAGAAAUCCUCUCACAGCUACUCGGCUGACACAAUGGAGCUUGUGAUAUAGCUUCAGUCAUUAUCAAGCAGGGCUAAGAGGAGGAUUUAAAAUGCAAUUUGACCUGGAUCUUUUCAGUGGGCCCUUGCAGAACAAUAUCAAAGAAUGUGGAGACUGCCAGCUUGGCAGACGAGUCAGUGGGGAUUAUCCAAGAAUAUUUUGCCGCUAUUUAUGCAGAUCCUUGAACUGUUUCUGUCGGUAUUGUGGAUAUUUGAGUUGUAGCUGUCAUGCACAUGUUUUGGAAAAUCUUCUAAGAUUUAAAAGUUUUGAUUCAGGAGCUCAGAAGAGUUCAAGGCGAUUCUAACUUUUGGCUGGUUAAGUUUCUUGCAGAUUCGCAUAUGCAUCUCUUUUGCACUUUCUUUAUGGUUUAUAUUAAUGACGACGAGAUACUUGAUUAUGCUUUAAUGUACCAAAAAAACAGCAGCACAGUAAUUCAAACACAGAUUGAGUUUCAUUGCCUGAAGACCUGCAGCUCAGCAUUCAUUAUACUGUACCAUGCACAAUGCAGAGGAACAGAGCAGACCACAGCACUUUUAAAUCUCACGGCCUGUUGGACUAAGCCUGUUAUGAUUAAUGGGUGACUAUGACUUGUCUGGGGGGAAAGGAAAACUUUUCUUUUCACAUCCAGUUAUUGAGUCUCCGUAGAAUUUCGGUGGGGUUGUAGAAUCAUAGAACCAAUUUUACCGGUUCUUUUUGGUCUUUCACAAAUAAGGCAUUCACUAGCAAGGACCACGCCUCAACAAUGUGUGAUUUAGAGGUACAUGCAAAUAUGGAAUGCAUGGAUUAAGCAGGAUGGAUUAAUGCAUAUAGAGGGGAAGGGUGAUGGUGGAAGAAGGAUGUCGUCUGAUAGGCUGGUCUGAGAGGGUGUACAGAAGACCGGGCAGAGAGACUCAGUGUGGGGGUUCCGUCUCGGAAGUGUUUUCGCCCGAGAGCCCCUCAAGAGUCACAGCGAGAAUAUUUUCGAGGACUACUUUUGCGUUCCCUCACAAUAUGUUUUGCGCUCUUUCGUAAUAAAUUCUGCGUUCUCUUGCAAUACUUUUCAUCUUCCAUUCCUUUUGAGUCAUAGCUGUGUCUAUUUCUGUCCAGUUGCUCCCAGCGCAACACUAGUAUAGAUCAGAGUAUUGAAUUUAACUUUGAACUGGGUAUUACCUAUGCGGAUACAAGAGGUAAUGCAAAAGUAUUGUGGCAGAAGGCAAAAUUUAUAACAAGAGAAUGCAAAACAUAUUGCAAGGGGGAGCAAAAUAUUGCAAGGUAAUGCAAAACAUAUUGUGAGGUAACGCAAAAGUAGUCCUCAAAAAUAUUCUCGCCCUGACCCUUUGGGCUCCAUAUUUGCUGGAUAGUGUAUUGUUAUGUUGCAUAGGAAGUGAUUUUUUUUUUAAAUAUUGAAGAUAAAUUACAAAAAACAAUAGUGUUACUAAAGUGCACCAGCCAGUACGAAAUGCAUAUUUGACUUUCUGUCCAAGAAGUCUCUGCUGUGUUCACAUACAGCUUCAAAACAUCUAAUUAAUAUUUCUCUUUGGUCUUGCCAUAUUGGUAUCCAGCAACGAGGAACCAGAGGUUGUAGUAGGUCUGGAAGCUGGUGCCAGAUACUAUCAACACAGUGAACAGUUAGUGAUAGUGAAUAAUUAGCAAUGAAUGCAAUUGAUGACAGCUGUCUCUACAUCCCACCAUAUUAAAUAUUCACCUUUGUUUGAUAUUCACCCUCAGAUUUCACCAUUGUACAACUCCAACACUUGUAAAGCUGUGAUUCUACCUUCACCACUUAGGAAAUAAUGAUCACUUCCUGUCACCACUGGCAGGGAAAACAAGUAGUAUUCAGGCUGGUCUAGAGAGAAAAACCUGUCAAAGUCAGCAAAAACAUCUCUGUAAGCUUGUUUAUUCAUGUACACCAGCAGUGGGUGACUGUCUGCUUCUAAACGGUACUUUUUAAAACAGAGUAUUAUAUCUCUGAUGGCUUAUUCUCUGAUUUAAAUUAAUUCCCAUUUGACUGAUAAGAAAAAAUAUGUAAAUGUUACAUGGGCACACAGUCAAAGUAGAGGCUGUGAACAAAGCAUAGGAAAUGAGAUAAAGCAUUCUGUUAUGUAAAUAGAUGUCUGAUU